UAGACUGGAGCCCAGACCAGGUCAGAUCUGCCGCAGCCACAGCUCCAGCAGAAGACGCCCUUCCUCCUUCCUCCGAGUGGAGCCCGGAGGCUCCCAGAGACAACAUGGCAGGUCCCCUUCUCUCACCCCUGCUGACCCUGCUGCUGUCCUUAGCCCUGGGAGCCACUGGACAAGAAGGAAAGGGCUCCGGGGAUAGAAUUAUUAAUGGAGUUCCAUGUCCAAGGAGCUCCCAUCCCUGGCAGGUGGCCCUGCUCAAAGGCAAUCAGCUUCACUGUGGAGGCGUGCUGGUCAACUCGCAGUGGGUGCUCACCGCUGCCCACUGCCAGAUGAGUGAGUACAAUGUGCACAUGGGCAGUGACCAUCUGGACAGCAAGAGAGCUCAGAGGAUCAAGGCCACAAAGUCCUUUGUCCACCCCAGCUACUCUACACAGACCCACGAGAAUGACAUCAUGCUUGUGAAGCUAAGCCACCCAGCCAAGAUGUCAUCCAGAGUGAACCAAAUCAACCUGCCCUCCCGCUGUGCUGCGCCGGGCACCACAUGCACCGUGUCUGGCUGGGGCACCACCACCAGCCCUGAUGUGACCUUUCCAUCGGAGCUCAUGUGUACGGAUGUCAAGCUCGUCUCCACCCAGGAAUGCCAGAAGGUUUACAAGGACCUGUUAGGAAAAUCCAUGCUGUGUGCUGGCAUCCCCAACUCGAAGUCCAAUGCCUGCAAUGGUGACUCAGGGGGACCACUGGUGUGCAGAGGCACCCUGCAAGGCCUGGUGUCCUGGGGAACUUUCCCCUGUGGCCAACCCAACGACCCAGGUGUUUAUACCCAAGUCUGCAAUUUCAUCAGCUGGAUAAAGAAGACCAUGAGAAACAAUCGCUAAUCUCUCCAAACUCCCACCUCUCCAACUCUGUGCCUUGAAUAGGAAAUUUACAGAAAUUAGGACAUUGAGGACCUGUAGUCAUAUUUGACUUUACCUUUUCAUAUUAAAACCUCAAAAAUAUUAUGUGUGUGUAAACCAAUGAACUCAAGCAAAAAACCAAGCUCAAAAAAACAAACACACACACACAAAUCUCAGUGCUCAUAAAGAUGCAAUGAGACCAGCAACCUCAACGACUGAAACUGUCAACUGCUACAAUAUUUUUGGGAGGCAGUUGGGCAAAGUAAAUCAAGACCCUUCUUCACCACCUUGGACUUAGUAAUUCUAGUAAACCAGAAACGUAGAACAAGGUUUGAAUUAGUGGAUUAUUUAUGUAAACAAUACAUGGAUUUGUGACAAGGAUAUUCGUGAAACUGUUCCAGAUAAUAAUUAUGCAGAGUUGUCAGUAUUGGGCAAGAAUGUUGAUGCUAUCUGAUGUUAAAUGAAAAAAGACAAAUGUAUACUCAUGUGAUCCUCACCAUGUAAAAUAAAAUAGUCACAAAAUAAAA